AUGCUCCAACAGGGGUUCAGCAACGUCAACGAGGAGCUUGCCCUAAGACUGGCUAACGGGACGUCCGGCAGCCGUAGCAAAACUCUUCACAUCCAGCGUGCUCCAGACACCACCGUGCCUUUAGAAUAUGACUCCAACCCGGCCCAGGUUCAAGCCUGGCUAGAGGCCAAAGGAUUCAGCCCAUUGUAUGAGCAUGAAACCAGCCAGAACAAGCGUCCCGCCCAGAUAUCUCGGGACACCUUGAGAGAGUGGCUGCAGCUUGCCAACUCAAAACUAAAUCUGUCACCCCAGGCAGAAGCUCUGUGCUUUGGAAAGCAGAAAUUCAGUUGUCCCCAGUAUUGGGAUGCAGUGGCAGGAAAAGCUGCACUCCUAACUGCUGCGUUUGCCGUGAAGCUGUGCCCUCGUUUUGGAGCUAUGCAUCUUCCCGAAAGAAGCGUCUUCUGUCAACCGUUCCUCGUGGUCUGCCUGUACUUUUUUAGCCUCCUGUCUCUCUCCACGGUUUGGCACCUCCAGAGGAACAAUUCUUACCUGUGGUGGUGGAGGAUCAGUGGCAGAAACACCUCUGGUCUCCCACAGCACGAUCACACUUCCUGCUUCAACACAACUUGUAGCUUAACCACUAAGAACUUGGAUAGAGGUAUGUGGACAGUGAACUCUAUUGGGCGUCUGGGGAAUCAGAUGGGAGAAUACGCCACCCUCUAUGCUUUAGCCAAGCUCAAUGGGCAUCAAGCCUACAUCCUUCCAGCCAUGCAUCAGUAUCUAUCAACAAUAUUCCGGAUCACUUUGCCGGUGAUCCCUUCCGAAAUGGUUAGCAGGAUCCCUUGGAAGAACUACAAUCUCCACGAUUGGAUGUCUGAGGAGUAUCGUCACAUCCCAGGGAAGCACGUGCGGCUGACAGGCUACCCUUGUUCCUACACUUUUUAUCACCACAUCCGCCAGGAGAUACUUCAGGAGUUUACCUUCCAUGACUACCUCAAGGAGGACACCAACAGAUACCUGCUGCAGUUGCGGGGGCAGCGCAAGACGGUCACCUACAUCGGAGUGCACGUCCGUAGAGGGGAUUAUGUGCAUGUGAUGCCCCGCGUCUGGAAAGGUGUAGUGGCUGACAAAGGUUACCUGGAAAAAGCCAUGAAUUACUUCAGAGAGAAGUACCACGAUGCUGUCUUCGUGGUAGUCAGCAAUGGGAUGGCUUGGUGCAAGGAAAACAUGGAUGCUUCCAGAGGGGAUGUUUACUUUUCUGGCGACGGGCGGGAAUCAUCCCCGGGGAGGGAUUUUGCUCUCAUUGCUCACUGCAACCAUACGAUAAUGACCAUUGGGACCUUUGGCAUCUGGGCUGGUUACCUGUCUGGGGGAGAAAUGGUUUACUUGGCCAAUUACACCCUCCUCUCACCGUUCCUCAAGCUCUUUAAGCCAUCCGCAGCCUUCUUGCCUGAAUGGAUUGGGAUCCCAGCUGACCUCUCUCCUUUGCUACCCAAGUCAUAA